GUGAAACUUGUUUUGCUUAUUUGGUUUUAGACUUUCGUUUUUGGGGCUCGUAGUUAAAGUCAGACAUCUUGUGUUUUGAGUUUCUCAGUUACUGGCUGAAGUUCCUCACUUACCUCUGACUAGUGUGUGUAAAUCAGUAGCUUCUGAGUUGUGACGGUGGAUUUGAUCGUAUUGCAGGUAAAGUUGCUGUUAUUUCCGGACUGAAAAUGAGCGACAGUACAGAAGAGGACCGGGUUACUCUGGGAAUGGAGUCCUCCUGCUUCUCUCAGGUUGUUUUUAUGGAUGUUCCUCACUCGUAUCCACCGAACACUUCAGUGAAGUGCAGCUAUUCUGUGACCGGAGGGCUGAACCCCAGCUCCAGGGACUGGAUCGGCCUAUUUAAGGUUGGCUGGAGUUCAACUCAGAACUACCACAACUACGUAUGGGUGGAGCUUCCUGUGAACCAUGAUGGGACUGAGCCCCUCAAACUACAGGUUGCCUUUGAUGAAUACUACCUUCCUAAGGAUGAUGGGGAGUUCUAUCAGUUCUGCUACGUGGACAGCAGUGGUCAGGUCAGAGGAGCCAGCACACCGUUCUGCUUCCAAAAUCCAGCAGAAUCAAGCUUAGACUGCAGCCUGGAGAAAGACCUUUUGGUCAUCACAACACAGGAACAAGCAGAGCAGAUGGAGAACGAGAAAAAGGAUUUAUUGACUCAGAUGGAACAAGUGAAGGAAGAAAAUCUGAUUUUGAAAAACGAGCUGGAGGAAAGGUUGCGUGAAAUUCUCCGUCUCAGGAUGCACAUUGAUAAGCUGAAGUCAGACGGUACAUCUGGAACCUUAGCACCAAAAGAGCAGAAGCCUGAGUGUGUUGAACAGGUCACCCAAGAGCAGCAGCUUCUCUCCCACACUGUGGCAGAAAACGAAACCAAACAGGAACAGGAGUCACUGACCAUUUCCCAAGACAAGUAUGAUAAAGCAGUGCAGAAGAUCUUGAUGCUGAAGGAGGAGAAAGUUCUGCUAAAGGAACAGGUCGAAGCCCAGCAGGCUGAGAUUUCACAGUUAAGGCCCAAGGUGAAAGAAUACGAACAGGAUUUUAACAGACUGCAGGAUCAUGUCCAGCUGCUGCAGGUUGACGUACAAAGUAGCCGGAAAGAGAAUGAAAGGUUGCAUGCGGAAAUCUUGGAGCUGAUGGAAAUGAAGAGGGAGGUGGAGGGACUGCGGGACAAGAACAAGUCUUUACUUGCAAGAUUAUCAGAACAGGGACCUUCUGAUGGGGACCAAAGUAAUACAAAGGUGCAGAUUCAGACUGUCCUGGAGCAGCUGACCGAAGCCAGAGGGACGCUGCGCAAAGAGAUUGCGAACAGCAACGAGGCAAACAAACGUGCCGAUAAAGCUGAGCUGGAGCUGAGACAGCUGAAGGAGCAACUUGAACAAAUGACGGUGGCUAAGGAGAGGAAGGUGGACAGGAGCCAGACUGAGAAACAGCUUGAGGAAGCGCAGAGCAGAAUCGAUGAACAGGCAACCAUGGCCAAAAUUGCACGAUUAGAAAAGGAAAAACUUGCUGAAGAAAAUGAGGAACUCAAAGCAGAAGUAAUGAAAUUACAAACGCAAUUAUAUGAACUUCAGCUCGCAUCAGUAGCUGCGGUCUCUCAGCAGCAACCCAGCCCUCUCAGUCCAUCUUUUACUGACCCAUUCAACUCACUGCAGCAACCCCAGUCAGCCUCACAUUACUAUGAGAACAUCCCUGGGCUUUCUGGAAAUCCCACUGACAAGAUGGUGUGCCGUCAUUGCCAGGAGAGUUUUCCUGAUAUCAGUGAAGAUGAACUGGCAAUGCACGAGCAAUCUCACAAGGUUUGUCCUUUCUGUACUUUGAUCUGUGAUGAUUUGGGACAGCAGGAGUUUGAAGAUCACGUCUACGGCCACGAGUAAUAGUCACGGGGAGAAACCAUCAAGGCCCAUCUAUGGAAAAUAAUAUGAAUAAUUGAACAUGAAUAAUUGUGUAAAUUGGUGCAAAUGUCUAGAUAUUCCUACCUACUUAAAUACUUUACUAUAUUUAUUUCUUCCAUUUUUAAAAAAUUAGAAGCACUGACAUGCUGCGUGUCGAAUGCAGCUAUAGCUCUAGAUGUUCUCAAUACUGUGGUGGUUUUCAAGUUGCUAUAAUAAUAUGUAGAGCAAUAAAAAUAAACUUUUUAAUGUGCAUGAACCUCA